GAUCAGUUGGCUGACAACACUUUUCGAUUUCACUUGUGUUCCACUUUUUUCCCUCAAGCAAAUUUGAACAUACCGUUUUGAUAUCUCAAAUUACAUUCAUUCUUCAUAACGUUUCCGGAGUGUUUCAGUGCUAACAAAACUGAGUUAUUUUAUUUUUCUUUGCAAAAACAAACAACAUCACUCAGCCGUUUUAAUUUUUCAUUUUUUUUUUUCUUCUUCAAAAUUUACAUUGGCUUUGAUAAAAUGUGGACAGAAUUUUCGCGAUAAAAAAAAGCAAACAUACAAAGUAGCAAGUUUUGUUUUAUUCGGAUUCAGUAGUGAUGAUAUCAAGACCACCACACUUGAGACGUAUGAAAAAAUGAGAUCUUGGACAAACCAUUCAAUAUAGAAUUUCAGAGUGCUGUGAUAAAAGUGGCGAAGGCAUCGCCUUAGCGGCGAUGUCAUCUAUCGGUCAAGUAGUGAAAACGCGAACACCACAAAUCGAGCUAACCGAUCCGGAGCAACGGGAAACAUGGUCGGGGAAAGUUGAUUUUCUUUUGUCGGUUAUCGGAUUUGCAGUUGACUUGGCAAACGUCUGGCGAUUUCCAUACCUAUGUUACAAAAAUGGCGGAGGUGCUUUUUUGCUGCCGUACAGUAUAAUGUUGGUUGUCGGUGGGAUUCCGUUGUUUUAUAUGGAAUUGGCAUUAGGUCAACACAAUCGGAAAGGUGCUAUUACAUGUUGGGGUCGUUUAGUGCCACUUUUCAAAGGAAUCGGUUAUGCUGUUGUAUUAAUCGCGUUCUAUGUCGAUUUCUAUUACAAUGUAAUAAUUGCGUGGUCAUUGCGAUUUUUCUUCGCAUCUUUCACUAGUGACUUGCCGUGGACUUCAUGUGGUAAUAUUUGGAAUACGGCAAACUGUAAACCGUUUGAAAUUGUAAACACCACCGCUGUCAAUGGCACAUUCAGUAAUACAUCACUAUCGCAAAAUACAACGGAAUAUGUGAAAUAUUCAUCGGCCGCAUCCGAAUAUUUUAAUCGAUAUAUUCUCGAGCUGAACAAAAGCCAAGGGAUCCAUGAUUUGGGUGAAAUUAAAUGGGAUAUGGCACUGUGUUUGUUGACCGUCUAUUUGAUUUGUUACUUUUCAUUGUGGAAGGGAAUCAGUACAUCGGGCAAAGUUGUAUGGUUUACAGCGUUAUUCCCAUAUGUGGUUUUAUUCAUUUUGCUGAUCCGUGGCAUUACAUUGCCGGGCGCAAUGGAAGGCAUCAAAUAUUAUCUGAAACCAAAUUUCGAUGUCAUUCGAAAUGCUGAAGUUUGGGUGGAUGCUGCAACGCAAGUGUUCUUCUCAUUAGGUCCCGGUUUUGGUGUUCUCUUAGCUUAUGCUUCAUACAAUAAAUAUCAUAAUAAUGUCUAUAAAGAUGCUUUACUCACAAGCUUCAUCAACUCAGCGACAAGCUUCUGCGCUGGCUUUGUGAUUUUCUCGGUGUUGGGAUACAUGGCGCAUUCAUCCGGACAAAGUAUUCAAGCCGUCGCUACUGAAGGACCUGGUUUAGUGUUUAUUGUUUAUCCAGCGGCAAUCGCGACAAUGCCUGGCAGCACAUUUUGGGCGCUCAUAUUUUUUAUGAUGCUCUUAACGCUGGGACUGGAUAGUUCGUUUGGCGGUUCGGAGGCGAUAAUAACUGCAUUGAGUGAUGAAUUUCCAAAGAUUGGACGGAAUCGUGAGAUCUUCGUGGCCGGUCUGUUUUCGUUGUAUUUUAUCGUUGGUUUAGCCAGUUGCACGCAGGGCGGAUUUUAUUACUUUCAAUUAUUGGAUCGUUAUGCGGCCGGAUACUCAAUUCUCAUAGCCGUGCUAUUCGAAUCGAUAGCCGUUUCGUGGAUCUAUGGAACGAAUCGAUUCUGUGACGAUAUACGUGAUAUGGUUGGUUUCUAUCCAGGUAUUUACUGGCGAAUUUGCUGGAAAUUUGUGGCCCCAUUUUUCUUGCUCUUCAUCAUUGUGUACGGUCUAUUUGGUCAUCAACCGUUGCAAUACGACAAUUAUUAUUAUCCGGAAUGGGCAAAUAUGUUGGGCUGGUGCAUAGCUGGUUCAUCGGUCAUGAUGAUUCCAUUGGUGGCCAUCAUCAAAAUUCUCACAACGCGCGGAACAUUUCGCCAGCGUAUUCGCAAAUUGACGACACCGUGGCGCGAUCGUCGACCCAGCGUUAACGGCGUUGUGACUGAACCAGCUCAGAUUCGUUUAACAUCGGCCAAAGCCGGCGAAGAUGUGUGAGAACCAAAUAAAUGUGAACGACCUUAUGCACGAUUCACCGUUUACUAUGUUUAAGCUGUACAGAAGCACCCCCUGUUUACAUUGCUUUAGCAUUAAGAGCAUAAUUCAUUUAUCUAAAUGCAAUAUUUAGCACGAACACAAGAACAACAACAACUUAAAAUCAACAAAUUAAUCCAAGCCACAAGUAAUCAAAUAAUUAUUCGAAUUACCAAUUAAAAUGCAUCCCACACAACCAAAUAGAAUGCAAUUGUUUGAAUACUGUACGUUGAAUGUAAUUUGAAUAAAUAUUAAAAUAUAAAUAAGUCAUAAAUUAACGAUAAUACACAAAUAAACUCAAGAAUAUCGAUAUAGCGACAGGUUCAAGUAAAAUUCAUUUAAUCGAUAAGUUUAUGCAUAUUUUACAAUUAGUUGAUACUGAAAAGAGAAAAUUGAUGUGGAAAAUUAAGUACAGUGAACAAAAGAAAAAAAAAUACUACCAAAACGAAAUGCUGUGUAGAUAAUAGAUAAAAAAAACUAAUUCUCAAAUGUUGAGACAGAGAGAAAAGGGAGAGUUAAUUGAAUUGAUCAGACACAAAGCAAAACUGAUAUGUCACAAAGUGAUCAUCUAAUCUAGACAUUAAGCCAAGAAAAAAUCAUAUUUAUUUUAUUCUAGUCACACAUUUUAACUGCUGAGAGAGGUCCAUUUUUCUUUGAUUAAAAAAAAAAAUCACUUGAAUGCCAAGUGACAACAUGUUCGCACCAACAUUCCCCUGUUGAAAUACCAUCAAUCAAAACGAUUGUAAGUGUUUUCAGUUGAUUCAAUUUCUGUACAUAUUCAUGUGAGGUACGAAAAAGAAUACAAUAAGUUUCAUCGGACUAAGUAUCAAUAUUAAUGCAGUUGCCCGUGUAGCUCAAACGCGAUGUAGAUAUGCAGGCCUAUGUGAGAAUAAAUGAAAACAGAGAACGACACAAGCGUAAACCUUGAGUUGUGUGCUCGUAAUUACCACUCAUGUUCUUAAAAGCUGUUCUAUCGUAUAUCUCCACAUGGGUCCGCACAUCUCAACGACACUUCGAAUUGAACUGCUCGGGUAGCAACAGAUAAUUAUAUAUAGAGAUAGAGCCUGUGUUUUAAUAAAAUAGAGGGAGAGAGGACACAAUUCUUUCAUUCAUGUUUCUUUAUUUAUCCAAAUUUCGUGUUCAUAGAUAGAGUAGUGAUUGUUGUGGAACAAAACCGAUUUAAGCACAACGACAAUAAAUGAAAAUCCGACAACAACAAACGAAUGUCAAACAUGUUAACAACCCCACUGAAAUGGUUCAAAUCCAUAUCAAGCUAAAUAAAAUACAGGAGAAAUGGAAAAACCAACUGAAUAUGCAACAAAAGUGAUAGUUUUUUUCAGCCAUAAAACUAUUACAUUGCUGCAUUGAAUUCCAAUAGUUUAAACUGAAACGCAAUUAGUUGAAUAAUUUUUCAUUUGGAGUGAAGUUAAUCACAGACAAAAAUCUCCUACCUAAGCUUUAAGAUUUCAACGUUGCAAUUAAAUGGCGACAAAAUUUUAGGCAAAAUGUAAAACAUCAUAGAAUAUUGGUUCAACAAAAUAACUUGUUUGUGCAGAAUAUUUACAUAGCGGCAAUUAUAUAUGUACAAUUCGGCAGCAAAAUUUCGGUUCAUUUUAGCAACACACACAUUUAUAUAGCAAGUCGCAUUCCGUAUCUUUGUUUGACAAAUACAAAAAAAAAAAACAUCAGGGAUUUUCAACUGUUAUUAAAAUUUCAGCUUAUCCAACGUAAAGUGAGGAUAAUAUUUUGUAAUUCAUUCAAGAAAUAGCAGGCCGUUAGACACAUCAGCGGAGUUCAUUUAUGUUAAAACAUCAACAAUUGUGAGUCCCCCUCAAUUCAGCCAUAUUGAAGGGGAACACAGAGAAUCAAUGCAUUGAUGUUCUUGUUGAAAUUGAUAAUACUUGAUGUAGCUAUGUCCAAUGUUUUAGUUGCUAGCUUUUUAACAACAUUGAAUAAAAUAUAUGUUUAAAA